UGCAUGCAUGAGACUGCCUUUCUCAGCAAGAGGCAAUUAAGGUUAAAUGAGGUCAUAAGGGUGGGGCACUAAUCCAAUGAGACUGGUGUCCUUAUAAGAGGAGGGGGGAUAAAGAAACAAGAUGGGAGUGAAGCUGGAGGUGUUUCAGAUGACGCAUUACCUAACCUUCCCUGUGGCUAUGUUCUGGAUUGCCAGUCAGGUCAGGUGGUUUGAGGACUAUGUCAUACAGCACAAGAGGGAGCUAUGGCCACCUGAGAAGGAGGACCAGCUUGGAGAGCUAGAAGAAUCCAGACAGGAUAUGAAGUAG